GGGGGGGCCCUCGCGGGCGGCCCCAGCCCAAGCCCGCCAUCCUGGAGCGCUCCGCGGCCCGGCGCGGCGACGACGCCAUGGACACCGAGUCCCAGUACUCGGGCUACUCCUGCAAGUCCGGACACUCCCGCAGCUCCCGUCGCCACAGGGAGCGGCGGGAACGCCAUCGGUCCAAGAGCCGGGACGGCAGCCGUGGGGACAAGUCGGUGACCAUCCAGGCCCCGGGGGAGCCACUGCUGGACAAUGAGUCCACCCGGGGGGACGAGCGGGAUGACAACUGGGGGGAGACGACGACGGUGGUGACGGGCACGUCGGAGCGCAGCGUGUCCCACGACGACCUCGCCCGCAUCGCCAAAGACCUGGAGGAGGGGGCCCCGCCGGGCUGCGGACGUCACCUGGGGGCGGCGGCGGGGGCGGGUCUGGCGCUGCUGUCGGCGCUGAGCCCGGUGGCCUUCCUGCUGCUGCCGCCGCUGCUCUGGCGGGACCAGCUGGAGCCGUGCGGCUCGGCCUGCGAGGGGCUGCUGCUGGCCGGGGCCUUCAAGCUGCUGUUGCUGGCCCUGGCGGGCUGGGCCCUCUUCCUCCGCCGGCCGCGGGCGGGGCUGCCCCGCGUGCGGGUGCUGCGGGCGCUCCUCAUGGUGCUGGUCUUCCUGCUGGUGGCCUCCUACUGGCUGUUCUACGGGGUGCGGGUGCUGGACGCCCGCGAGCGCAGCUACCGGGCCGUGGUGCAGUUCGCCGGCUCUCUGGUGGACGCUCUGCUCUUCGUGCACUACCUUGCCGUCGUCCUACUCGAGCUACGCCAGCUGCAGCCCCACUUCACCCUCAAAGUCGUGCGCUCCACCGACGGGGCCAGUCGCUUCUACAACGUGGGACACCUCAGUAUCCAGCGUGUGGCGGUGUGGGUUCUGGAGAACUAUUAUCGGGACUUCCCCGUCUACAACCCGGCCCUGCUCACCCUGCCCAAGGCCGUGCUGGCCAAGAAAGCAUCUGGCUUCAAGGUGUACUCGCUGGGAGAGGAGAGCACAGCCAACAACUCGACGGGGCAGUCGCGGGCGGUGAUGGCAGCAGCGGCGGCUCGGCGGCGGGACAACAGCCACAACGACUUCUACUAUGAGGAGGCCGAGCACGAGCGACGGGUCCGCAAACGACGGGCGAGGCUGGUGGUGGCGGUGGAGGAGGCCUUCACGCACAUCAAGCGGCUCCAACAGCAGCAGCAGGAGGAGGGCGGGGGAUGCGGGCCGAAGCCCCCCGCCCCGUCCCCGCGGGAGGUGAUGGACCCGCGGGAGGCGGCCCAGGCCAUCUUCGCCUCUAUGGCCCGGGCCCUGCAGAAGUACCUGCGGACCACCCGCCAGCAGCCCUUCCACAGCAUGGAGAGCAUCCUUCAGCACCUUGAGUUCUGCAUCACCCACGACAUGACUCCCAAGGCGUUUCUGGAACGCUAUCUGGCGGCCGGCCCCACCAUCCAGUACCAGAAGGAGCGCUGGCUGGCCAAGCAGUGGACACUGGUCAGCGAGGAGUCGGUGACCAACGGGCUGCGGGACGGGGUGGUCUUCCUCUUGAAGCGGCAGGAUUUCAGUCUGGUGGUCAGCACCAAGCGCGUGCCCUUCUUCAAGCUGAGCGAGGAGUUCGUGGACCCGAAGUCCCACAAGUUCGUCAUGAGGCUGCAGUCCGAGACCUCCGUCUGACCCGGCCCGGAGGACCCCCUCCUCAAAACCGGAACUCGACUUUACUUGAAUAACCAACCCUUCCCUGCCCUGGAGACUUCAAAAACCAAGGUUUCCUAGCUGGCGGGGAGGAGAGAGGGAGUCUGUGUCCCCAGCUCACUGACCCCCCCCCCAAUGGGGAAGGGGACUCCUGGGACCAAGGCCCCCUCACUCCGCACAAGGCACGGACACCUGGAUACCCCCACCCUCCCGCUGUGGCUUGUCACCCUCUACUUGGGGACAAGAGAGAAAGAGAGGCGCCCCUCUCCCCCACAUUUGCUCCUCUACAUCAGAUCCUCUGUCCCACCCCCUCCUCCCUCCUCAGCCCACGGUCUCCUCUCAGUGGGGUGAAAAAUAAUAAUAAUAAUGAUGGUGUUUGUUAAGCGCUG